AUGGGUUUCACCGACUUUGUCUCUGAUGCCGGCCUGACUCUGGCCAACCACUUCCUUUCCACUCGGUCCUACGUUGUUGGCAACUCGCCCAGCCAGGCCGAUGUCGUGACCUUCAAGGCCUUCAGCGCCGCCCCUGACGCUGCCAAGUACCCCCACGCUGCCCGUUGGUACAAGCACAUCGCCUCUUACGAGAGCGAAUUCUCUACCCUCCCCGGUGACUCUUCCGCGGCUUUCACCGCCUACGGUCCCGAGACCACCGAGCUUCCCUCCAACCCUAAGGACAAGCCCGAGGAGGAGGAUGAUGAUGAGGACCUCUUCGGCUCCGACUCUGAGGAGGAGGAUCCCGAGGUCGUUGCUGAGCGCAACAAGCGUCUCGAAGAAUACAAGGUUAAGAAGGCCGGCAAGGUCAAGCCCGCCGCUAAGUCCCUCGUCACCAUGGAGGUCAAGCCUUGGGAUGAUGAGACCAACCUCGCCGAGAUGGAGGCCAACGUCCGCGCCAUUGAGUGGGACGGCCUCGUCUGGGGUGCCUCCAAGUUGGUUGCCGUCGGCUUCGGUAUCAAGAAGCUCCAGAUCAACCUUGUCGUUGAGGACGACAAGGUCUCCACCGAUGAGCUCCAGCAGACGAUCGAGGAGGAUGAGGACCACGUCCAGUCCACUGACAUCGCUGCCAUGCAGAAGCUGUAA